CGCAGCUAUGGCGGGCGCAGGGCAGCUGGAGGAGCUGGAGCUCAGUGCCGAGGAGGUAGAGCGGCUCCAGCGGGCCUUCCGCGACGAGAAGUUCCGGGCGCUAUUCGCCGAGUACGCGUCGGAGCUGGCCGACCCGGAGCAGCGUCGGCUGUACGAGGAGGAGGUGAGGGCCCUGGAGCGGGAGCGCGGCAUGGAGGUGCGCUUCAUCCACCCCGAGGCGGGAUACGUGCUGCGCACCAGCCAGGCCGGCUCCCGGCGCUGCUACCUCAACGUCUGCAGCAACCCGCACGUCGGGGCGCCGCAGGCCCGACCCGAGCACGGCGGCCACCGCUGGGCCCUUCCCUACAGCCUGGCGCCGGGUCGCGAGGAGCUGAGCCGCGGGGGCCAGCGCCGCCUGGUCUACGACGUGGUUUUCCACCCGGCGGCGCUCCGCCUGGCAGCCCGCAACGCCCGCUUCCGCCGCCUGCUCAGCGACACGGCGCUGGAUGCUGUGGAACGCCACUGCUCAGUGCAGCUCGACCGCGCCAACGCCGUCAUCCUCCGCGGCACCAAGUACAAGGGCGUCCCGCAGGCGCCCGUCAUUCGCACCCCACUACCCGGCGGCGCCCCGCCACCGCCUGACGACGGCGACUCUCCGCUGCCUCCCUUCCCUUUCCCGCCCGCUGCCACAGCCCCUCCGCCCGCCGGCCCCCCGCCGCCGGCACGGCCUCCUGGCCCCACCACGCCGCGCUGGAGCAUCCGCCACCGCUCCUACGUGGACCUGCAAGACUACCGGUAUAGCCGCGACUCGGCGCCCAGCCCGGUGCCACGGGAGCUGGUGGUGACGGUGGAGCUUCCGCUGCUGCGCUCCGCUGCCCAGGCCGACCUGAACAUCUGCGGCCGGGAGCUGCGCCUCGACUCUCAGCGUCCCGCCUACCGCCUUCGUCUCCGCCUCCCUUACGACGUAGACGAGAGCGGAGGGAGCGCCGCCUUCAACAAGGCCCAGCGGCAGCUCGUGGUCACUUUGCCCGUGGUACCGCAGCCCGGCCCACCGGAGCCGCUAGAGCUGGGCGACGAGCGGGUGGAGAAGGCGGAACCGGGUGCUGAGGCGGGCGGGGGUGCAGCUCCUAUCCCAGGCGGCAGCAGCGGCACGGUCCAGAGCACGUGCGGCGGCGGGGAACCCGCCGACCCACCCGCGGGCGGUGAACUGUUCCCGCCCCGCUCCGUCGCCGCUUCCCCUGCUCCGUGCUCCAGCCCCGAGCAGGCCGUGACCUGCGGGCUCGGCGAGGACGCUUCUCUGUGCCUUCCCGGGAGCCCGGCCCUGCCGGCCGUGGAGGGCAUCCCUGGCGAGAUGGCACUUCCUCGGGACUCCGGCAGCCCUGAGGCUGCCCUGUGCCCUCCCUUCCAGUGUCGGCAGGAUGAGACCUCCCUUACCCUGCUCGUGCAUGUGCCCUGCAUCAAGCCCCAGAGCCUCAGCGAGGACGUGGGCACGAACCACUACAGCCUCCACUUCUCCAGUGAGACAGGUUCCUAUGCCCUGUUCUUACAGUUUCCACCUGAAAACAAGCUGGCAUCCACUGAGACCAGUGUUAACGUGUCUGCCCACAACGCUGCCUUUGUGCUCACCAAGGCCUCUGGCAGCGCUGGGCUCUGGGAGAAGUUCAGCUUCGGCCUUGAAGCCUCCACUGUGCAGGAAAGAUGGUUUGUCAGUGAAGAAAACAUUGAUGGAUUUCUAGGCACUGUUUCGUGCCCUUCCUUUUGCUCCCAAUCAGCACUGGAAAGCCAGCCAUUAAUUGAAGUGCUUGAUGUUACUGAGGACAGAAUUCAAAUCAGGUUGACGCCGCAGGAAACAGUCCAUUCUGAAUGUGAUGGAAAAGAAGAAAUGCUUAGCAGCUCAGGAGAGCUUGCUGAAAAGACAAAUGGUGACUACCUCCAAACAAAGGCAGAAACAAACUGUACUGCAGCUGACACAGUUGAGGGAGAACGUGCUGCAGAAACUAACAAAACUUCCACAUCUUUUGCUGAAACAAUAGGAAAAGUAGGUUGUAGUUCACACCAUUGUUUGCAGCAUGAACCUUCUGACACCAGUUCAGCGAUUCCUGACGAAUCUAGGAGAAAGGAACCAGAUUUAGAAAGUGCUGCCAUUGCAGAUGAAAGGGCUGUGGCUGCAAGCUCUGAUAAACAAGCAGGCCUUCUGCGGGAGGAGCAGGCGAGAGGCGAAGGGGAUGAAGCGGCUGCUCGUGCUGGGUCAGCGCAGGGUGACCAGCACAGCUUGGACAGCAGAGCGGUCUCCCCGCUUCUCAGAGAAGUGAGCAUGCAGGAUGGGAGUGUGCAGAUCAUCAGGGAUCAUGUAACACACUGCCCGGUCGCCUUCCAGAAUUCUUUGCUGUAUGAAUUAGACUAGCUGAAUUAUUUUAGGAUUUCCUUCUGUUGUUCACUGCUUUACUGUGACUUCCACUGGUUGGUUUAUGACUUCAGGACCAAGAGUAGAACACAGGUUCCUACUCAAACUGUUUCAUUUACAUGUUGACAGAGAAUACCUGCAUUGUUCAUAAUUUGUGAAGUUAGUAGGUCUGAGUUUUCUUAUGUAUGGGCCGAAAUGGUUUUACUUACCAGAAAGGUGCAGUUGAAGAUGAAUAUGAGCUUGUGGAAGAAAAAUACAUCUUAAUGUUUACAUACCUUUCUUAGUUUCUUGCUACAUUACAGGGAGUAUUUGUAUAUAUUCUCCUUUUACCGGCUCCCUCAGGACUUGCUGUGUUUAAUCCACCUAGAAAUGAGCAGUAUUCAUAAUUUUUCAAACCUUUCUUUUUGUGAUAACUGCAGGAUUAGACUUGCAGUGAUUUGUAGCAAGGAGCUGAAAUUCCUAAUUAGAGAAGUUCUAACUAGUCUCCGAGAAAUAACCAGCAUUUAUACUGUGUAUUCCAUCCUAGCAUGUUACUUUAGAUCCAUAGCAUCCAGACUUACUCCAGUCUGCCAAGCUAGCAAAUUCAGCUGCACAGUAAAAGCAGCCUUUUUUGUUGUACAUCUGCUACAAAAUAUUUACAAUUUGUAAAAGGCAUUUUUAUCCUGAUUACUUUUUAAAAACUGUUCCCCAAGAGCUUCAGUGUGCUGUUUGCUGAUUCACCUCUCUGAAGAAAAGAACAGAUCUAGUAAUAAACUUUCAGUUCCCUUUCUCACUACCUCUGAAAUAACUUCUGUGUUCUUUUGAGUUGUAGAGGACACAAACAUGCUUUAGAAGAAAGUUCAGUGUGACUUGUUUCACAGCUGCUCUGGAGUUUACCCUUACAUUUCUCUGUUAGAUGCAACUACUUGCAGUGGGGUUAUAUGAUAUAAGCUUUACUUUUCUGAGCUUGGCAGAGACCACACCUGUCAGGAGCCUCUGCCCUACCCUGGGCAGCAGCACGGCUCCUGUCCAGCUGAAGGAGGACAAGUGGUUUGCUGGGCUAAGCUUAGCCCUGUCAUGAGGUUCCUUUUGGGGGUCAUUGAGGGGCUGAGGCACAGGCACAGCUUUUUUGGCAUCAGCCCUGACUCUGUGAAGCUAUGAAAAAGGGGUAAGUGCCAAAGCUGGUACAACAUCGUGGUACUUAAAUUACUCCUGCAAAAAAAGAGCAUCUUAUCGCGGUCAAAAUAAAUAUCUACACACUACUUGGAGUACUUCACGUAACUUGGCUCUCUCUCAAAUUGACAUAUUACAGUAGGUGACAAAUUGUGGUAAAACGAAAUCCUUGCUCCAUGUCCUUCCAUUUAUAAGUGGCCAUUGUAGCCAGAGUCCUAAGAGCAACAACUCCAUUUUCUCUAAUGAAAAGAAAUGAAGCUUUUAUUUCCCCCUUCCAGUCUCUCACCACAAACCCCUACCUCUCUGAAUAUUGCAUGUCUGUUACCUUCGCAUAGUGUUUUCUUUCUCUAAUAUACUUUAUUCUACAGAAAAGGUGCUACUGUUACCAGUUGCACAUCAAAGCAGGAAGUCAUGAAAGCAGUUGUAUCAUUAGACUUAAAACAGGUGAGGAAGUGUUCAGUGUAAGUGGCAGCUCAGCUCAAGCCUGUGCCUUACUGGCAGCUCUGGUUCAGAUUGUUCGGGUUACACAGCAGUUACUUUUUUGCCAAUUGCUUGACACAGCUGACUGAAUGCAAACUUUCUUUUCAGCCAACCAAGAGAUCCUGUGCUGCAGUUGUUCCUCUAUUCUGCCUCAAUUAGUGAGUGUCAUUAAGAAGUUAAUGAAGUGAAAUGCACACUGCUAGAGUGGGUGAUGGCAGGUGCUCAGCCCUCUGCAUUAAAGAAAAAACACCCCCCCCCUCCAUCCCAAUGUUCUUUCUAACACAACGAGAUGACAUCAUCUUGUGAGAAUUAAAAACUUCUCUGGUAUUACAAAACAAUGGAAUUUUAUUUCAGCACAACUAAAAAAAUCGUAUAUGUAUCUACAUUGUAGUAAAAACAAUUACGUUUUUCCUUCAUAUAUUCAUCAACACCUUGCAACCAAACCCAGACACGGGCACAAGGGGAUGGCAGGAGGUGCUAGUACUGCCGGCAGAGGAAUGCCGGCUGGGUCACCAUCCCCAGCUCUGCCCUGGCUGGGGGAAGAUCCCCAUCACAGAGCACUGCACACAUCAGGAAAGAUGCACCUAAACACAAGUUUUCUCCUCCUCCCAGUAAGCACCGCAGCAGUCAUUUGUGCGUGGGGGCUGCAGCCAGCGGCA